GUGAAGGUGGAAGCAUAUCAGGUGGAUGCACAUGUGGAUGUAAAUCUCUGACAUCUUGUACAUUCUAUCGUCCUCGCGAAAGGACAUGCUGACAUGCUUGUGUCCUCUAGAGAGGGCAUAUCAGGUGAGCUCCUUUGGGCGAUUGGAGGGCGGACAACCUCCAUGUAACGCGUUAUGCUAGCGGCAUCUCUUCUUGGUUAUCAGCAUGUACGCAUAGCAAGAAGGAUGGUUUGUCUUCGUUCAUUUGGACAUAUUUGGACAUAUAUAAAUGCAUUCUUCCAGCAGUGUUUGUCGUCUUGUGACCAUGUGUGAGACGUCUGUAUUGUCAUCCAAGCUGCUCAAGCUGAUUCUCCAGUGCUUUCUUCUUUAAGCAUUUAAGCGGCGACUCAGCAACGUCUGAUGGCGGAGGUGGAACGCAAAGCCGAAGUUGAGAUUGACCCCGAAGCGGCCAUGGAAUCUCCACGAGCCGAGGGUGAAGAGACGCCUGUGCCUCCUGCAUGGAAGGAGGUUUAUGGAGGUAGCAGGUUCGAAUUCAAGUCCUUGUUUCCUCCAUUCACUUGGCUGCCUGCGUAUAUCAGAUUUGCUAAAGGAAAUGCUACCACCGGAGACACGGAUCGAAUGGGAGAAUUGCCGUACUCCAUCAAAGGCGAUCUCAUUGCAGGUCUCACCGUUGGACUGAUGCUGGUGCCGCAAUGCUUGGCCUUCGCCUUGUUGGCAGGGCUGCCUAUUCGAGCUGGCUUGUAUUCCUCAUUUGCUCCCCUGGUGAUCUAUGCCUUGCUGGGUACACUGCGACAGCUUCAGGUUGGACCGACGGCCUUGAUCAGUCUCCUGACUGGUCAAGCCUUGGAUGCAGUGAAAUUGUUGGGAGAGAACGAGCGUUUGACUGGGGCAAGCACUUUAGCUCUCUUAGUGGGCCUGGUGAGUCUUCUCUUGGGCAUCCUGCGUUUUGGCUUUGUGGUGGAUUUCAUGUCCCAUAGCGUCAUGAGCUCCUUCUGCACGGCCUCAGGCGUGAUCAUUGCGACCUCCCAACUGAAGCACGUCCUUGGCAUCAAUAUCAAGCGGCACAAGUACUGGUGGGAGACGGCCUAUGACCUUUGCUCCAAGCUUCCGGAAGCGGAUGCCGCUACCGCCGUGCUUGGCUUCACACUGUUGGCCAUGCUGACCUUCUUUAAGAAGUGGAAGCAGGCGGGGAAUCAAGCCAAGCGCUCAAAAAGCCUCAUUUGGAGGUUCUUUCCCAAGAACAAGGACUCCUGUGCCUUCAAGUCCAUGAAGAUUUGUGCGGACUUGUCCUCGGUGCUUUGUGUGAUCCUUGGCUGGGUUUGGGGCUUCAUCUACAGGGAAGCUGGAAUUAACUCUGUGAGGCUCAUCAAUGACAGCGAAAGCGAUGGCUUUGUUUUCCUGCUGCCCAGUUUUGACGACAAGACACCCGAUCUCAUCGUGCCUGCGGUGAUGAUUGCAGUGGUGGGUUUCUUGGAAACCGUGGCAGUCGGUGGCAAGAUGGCGAAUGAAAAGCGAUAUAGCUAUGAUGCCAAUCAAGAGCUUUUGGCUUUAGGUGCUGCGAAUGUUGGUGGAGCCUUCAUGGGAGCUUUUCCCAUCACUGGUGGCUUUUCCAGGACGGCAGUGAAUGCCAUGUUCGGGGCCAGCUCCCCACUGGCAGGUGCCUUGACAUCAAUCAUCGUGGUGAUUGCAGUGUACUCCUUGAUGCCAGUGGUGGAGAUGCUGCCCUUGGCAGCCUUAGCUCCCUUGAUCAUCCACGGAGCAAUUGGUGUCACGGACUUCAAAGCCUUCAUUCCUACCUUCAAAGGAAACAAGUUGGACUUCCUCAUCAUGGUCUUCACCUUUUUAGUGUCUCUGGGCUUGACGGUGAAGGAGGGCCUGAUCACCGGCGUCUCAUUGUCCAUUUUGAAGCUCACCUAUGAAGUUGCGAUGCCGAACUUGGCCGUUUGCGUGCAGGUGAAAGAUGGAACUUUCAGAGAUGUGAGGUACUAUCCAGAGGGUCGCAUGUUCCCCAAGUGCGUCGUGGUUCGAAUGGAUGCUGGAUUGAGCUUUGCAAACACCCGACGUUUGCAGGAGUUUUGCAUGCGCGCCAUGACCGCUGCAAGCAAAUCUGACUCUUCGGUGUCUCAUUUGAUCUUGGAUUGUAAAUCCGUGAACGGCACCGACAUGACGGGGUGCGAGGCCAUCGAAAGCUUGGCCAUUUCCUUGGAGAAGCGCAAGAAGUCCUUGGUCUUGGCUAACCUGAAGGCACCCCUCACACAGGCCAUGUUUGCAGCCGGAGUCGACCAGCACAUUGAGGCGCAUGGUGGGCAUCUUUGUUGGAACAUCGCCCAAGCCAUCACCUUGGUGAAUGGAGGUGAUCCAGCAGCAGCCAAAGCGUCUGUGACUGAUCUUCACAGCAGGGUGCAGUCCAACGCGGUGGCUAUCAAGCAAUGUAUUCCUGUUUGAAGCGUAGAUGAGAUGCAUGAGCUGAGCUUCUUCUUCUUCUACUGGGCUAUCCAACCGAUACCCAGGAGUCAAGUGCCUGUUGGAUGAUCUUGAAUCUGCAC